GCGCGUGGCGGUGCAAUAACGCCCGCGUCGGGUUUGUCUGAUCGCGACAGUCCUCGAGAGUACCUUUUCCGGCAGCAAAAAGUGCGCCAGGACACGCACAGUGGUCGCAGAACAGUGGACUCAGACUCAGUGAACGAAGUGACCGAAAUCGCGCGGCGAGGAGAGUAGUUUGGACACGAGUAAAGGAGGCAGCGCGUACAAGAAAACGUCGAGAGACGAGGUAGAGUGCUAGUGACGACCGAGUGAGAGGGCAAAGGGGGGUGAGAAAGAGUGAGAAAGUGCUAGGUGGGAGACAGUGAGAGAAACAUAACGAACGGGGCAGCGAAGAGGGAGAGAAGUAAGAGAAGGGUAGGGGGCGAAGACAGAGGGGAACCGGAGCGUUAGAGAACGCGCGCGCGCGCGCCUAUGUGCCAGGGGGAAACGAGAGACAAAGGAAGUGGUGGAAAGGACCCGGACGGCGAGGAAAGUUAAGGGCAAGAAGAACGGCAGGAAGGCAGGAAAGACGAGGGAAGGUUCGUAGUCAGAGAAAGCCAGCAAUACGGGGGUGACAGCGGCACGAGAGGUAGAACGCGUCGGGUCUGUCCCCCAGAAAGGGACCGUCGCGCGCAACGCGAUCAAUUUUCGUUGCGACGCGGGCGGCAGAGACUGGAGGAAAGGAAGAAAUGACGACUGCGGCGAGAUACCGAUAACCGGCCAGAUAAUGUUGUCGCAGAGCAAGUUUUACGCUCUCUUUAUCCACUACACGUUUGUGUAGCGCGACACGGGGCGGGUCCUUGCCGCUGCGGUGAAGAACAGAGAAGUGGGAAGAGGAGGUGGAGGCGCGUGAAGAACAAAGGACAAGAAGAAGAAGAAGAAGAAGAAGAAAAAGAAGAAGAAGGGAGGGAACGAAGGAAGAGUUUGCUGGCGGGGAAUCUCGGAUAGACCAAAGGCGCUCGAGGAUUGCUGGUCGAAGAAAGAAAAUAAAAGAGAACAGAGAGGGGGACAGAGAGAGAAAGAGAGACAGGGAAGUUUUGUCGUGGUACGGUGUUUUAAAAAAAAGUUUACAGUGUCGUUGCUUGGUAGUGUGCUACUCUCGCUGAAGCUGAAGAAGCAAGGCCCGCGGAGGUAUCUCAGAACCCGCCCCUCCUCGACGUCGCAGUGCCUCUUCUCCAUAUCGCUACGUCGUACUUCUUUUUCGUUCAAGCCGCGACUAUUCCACGCCACCCGGAGAAACUCCUCGACCAUAAGUAUCGAUCGACUCGAAAAUCAGACUAUGUUAUUUCGGAUAACGGAUUGAUCGCACCCGUCGCUUCAUUCACACGUCGGACAUGAAAAAUCUUGGUUCGCGUUGGACGGUCCCCGACAUAGCACGCACUGCCGCAGCGCGUUCGUCAUUUCUCGUCGCCAUUUCGUCGGAACGAGAUUCAGGUAGCAGCAGCAGCCGCAGCAUUAGCAUCAAAAACAGAAGGAGCAACGUUAGAAGUAGCGGUAGUGGCAGCAUCGAUAUCGAGAGUAUCGGCGGAGGCCAUUGCGUGAACGAGCGCGUCACGGCGAUCUACAAGAAGAGGGAAAGGUAUAGCUACGGCAGAUCGGCAGUCGACGUGCUGCACGAGGCGCAUUUAUCCGUCCGAUCGUACGUAACGGCGUCGUCAAAUCGCAUCGACGGCACGACGCGUCCCGAAUCGACGCCCAGGCACUGGCCCCUAGCCGGCAAGUCGCGCGGUUCCCAGCACCGGUCUCGUCCUCGUCAGCCGCAGCCGCAGCCACCGCAGCAGCCACUCUAUUACCACCCCCAAUCGUGGGACUCGCGCACAUUACACUUCAGAAACUGUUAGCACCGAUCAAAAGAAGGUGGCUCAGCUGUGUGCAGCUUAGACAAUGUCCGAAAAUUUAGCCCCUGCAGAAGAGGAAGAAAGAAGUUUGUUCCGUCCGUUCACGCGGGAGUCCCUGGCAGCGAUCGAGGCUCGCAUUGCCAAAGAACAUGCCAAGCAGAAGGAGCUCGAGAAGAAGAGAGCGGAAAACGAGGGAGGUUUUGGACGGAAGAAAAAGAAAAAAGAAGUUCGGUAUGACGACGAGGACGUGGACGAGGGUCCUCAGCCGGAUCCGAUGUUCGAGCAAGGAGCACCGAUCCCGGUCCGACUGCACAACGAAUUUCCACCCGAGUUGGCCUCCACACCUCUCGAGGAUAUCGAUACUUUCUAUCAUAACCAAAGGACCUUCGUCGUCGUCAGCAAGGGAAAGGACAUAUUCAGGUUCUCAGCGACAGACGCGAUGUGGAUCCUCGACCCCUUCAACCCAAUACGACGCGUGGCCAUUUACAUAUUGGUUCACCCACUGUUCUCCCUCUUCAUUAUCACUACAAUAUUGGUUAACUGCAUACUCAUGAUCAUGCCCACUACGCCCACCAUCGAGUCUACGGAAGUGAUAUUUACGGGCAUCUACACAUUUGAGUCCGCCGUUAAGGUGAUGGCGAGGGGUUUCAUUCUGCAGCCUUUUACCUAUCUUAGAGAUGCAUGGAAUUGGCUCGACUUCGUAGUUAUAGCUUUAGCUUAUGUGACGAUGGGCAUAGAUCUAGGCAACCUUGCCGCUCUCAGGACAUUUCGAGUCCUCCGAGCCUUGAAGACUGUCGCUAUUGUACCAGGUCUGAAAACCAUUGUCGGCGCUGUGAUAGAAUCCGUGAAGAACCUGCGCGAUGUGAUAAUCCUGACGAUGUUCUCUCUUUCCGUCUUUGCGCUGAUGGGCCUCCAGAUUUACAUGGGGGUUCUCACGCAAAAGUGUAUAAAAAACUUUCCCAACGACGGCUCCUGGGGCAAUCUCACCGAUGAAAACUGGGAGCGAUUCGUUAGUAACGAAACUAAUUGGUACGUGGACGAGGCGAAAAACAUGCCCCUGUGUGGAAAUUCAUCUGGAGCAGGGCAGUGCCUUCCUGGCUACACGUGUUUACAAGGAUACGGCGAUAAUCCGAAUUACGGUUACACGAGUUUCGACACCUUCGGUUGGGCCUUACUCUCCGCGUUUCGUCUGAUGACUCAAGAUUACUGGGAGAAUCUCUAUCAGUUGGUACUAAGAUCCGCCGGUCCGUGGCACAUGUUGUUCUUCAUAGUCAUCAUCUUCCUCGGUUCGUUUUAUCUCGUCAACUUGAUUCUCGCCAUCGUCGCGAUGUCCUACGACGAAUUGCAAAAGAAGGCCGAGGAGGAGGAAGCUGCCGAAGAGGAAGCCAUCAGGGAAGCGGAGAAAGCUGCCCUGGCGAAAGAGAACAAGCAAUUGGCCGCAAGGGAGGCAGCAGCGCGGGAGGCAGCGGCGGUGGCCGCCGCAAACGCGGUGGACCAGAUCGUCAAGUCGCCCUCGGAUUUUUCGUGUCACAGUUACGAGCUGUUCGUCGGCCAGGAAAGAGGGAACGACGACAACAACAAGGAAAGGAUGAGCAUACGUUCGAUCGAGUCAGUCAGCGAGCAAAGGGUGAAACAGAUCAACAACCACACCACCACCACUAAAGUGCGAAAAGUGAGCGCCGCGAGCCUUAGUCUACCUGGCUCACCGUUUAAUCUUCGUCGGAGCAGUCGUGGUAGCCAUCAGUUCACGAUAAGAAACGGUCGUGGUCGUUUCGUCGCGCCUCCUGGGGGCGACAGGAAGCCGUUGGUGCUCUCCACGUACCUCGACGCCCAAGAACACCUUCCGUACGCCGACGAUUCGAACGCGGUCACGCCGAUGUCCGAGGAAAAUGGUACUAUCGUGGUCUCCGGUUACUAUGCCAAUCUUGGCUCUAGGCACUCCUCGUACACGUCCCACGCUUCGCGGUUUUCGUACACGUCCCACGGCGAUCUUAUCGGUGGCAUCGCCAACGCUGGGAAACCGAUGACGAAGGAGAGUCAGUUGAGGAUCAGAUCGGUCAGGCCACCUUCCGUCAAUGGACAUUUCACGGAUUCUAAUCAGAAAUAUCAUUACGUGAGUAUAGGAGGUCGGAGAGAUACACUGAUUGGUGACCUGGACGAUCCAAUGGGCAAGGCAAAGCAACAAGACAAUCCGUUUAUAGAGCCUUCUCAACAACACGCUGUCGUUGAUAUGAAAGACGUGAUGGUACUGAACGAUAUAAUAGAACAAGCAGCUGGUCGUCAGAGCAGAACACCGGAGCAAGGAGACGACGAUGAAGAAGGGCCCAGGUUCAAGGAAAAAGCGCUGGCAGCCAUGUUGCGCUGCAUCGAUAUCUUCUGCGUGUGGGAUUGCUGCUGGUUAUGGCUAGAAAUUAAAAAAUAUGUGUCUCUUGUGGUGUUCGAUCCGUUCGUAGAACUUUUCAUCACCCUUUGUAUCGUCGUCAACACGCUCUUCAUGGCAUUGGAUCACCACGACAUGGACAAGGAUAUGGAAAAGGUGCUCAAGACGGGAAAUUAUUUCUUCACGGCGACAUUCGGUAUCGAAGCAGGGAUGAAAUUAGUAGCAAUGAGCCCCAAGUAUUACUUUCAAGAAGGAUGGAACAUUUUCGACUUCAUCAUCGUCGCCCUCUCGCUUCUGGAAUUAGGCUUGGAAGGUGUGCAAGGUCUCUCCGUGUUACGAUCGUUCAGAUUGCUGAGAGUGUUCAAAUUGGCAAAAUCGUGGCCCACAUUGAAUCUGCUGAUUUCCAUCAUGGGCAGAACGGUGGGCGCGUUGGGUAACUUGACGUUCGUGUUGUGCAUCAUCAUCUUCAUCUUCGCCGUGAUGGGUAUGCAGCUGUUCGGCAAGAACUACACGGACAACGUCGAUCGGUUUCCCGACGGCGAUCUACCAAGAUGGAACUUCACCGAUUUCAUGCAUUCGUUCAUGAUCGUCUUUCGAGUGCUGUGCGGAGAAUGGAUCGAGUCUAUGUGGGACUGUAUGCUCGUUGGCGACGUCUCGUGCAUACCAUUCUUCUUGGCCACGGUUGUCAUUGGUAAUCUGGUUGUGCUGAAUCUCUUCUUGGCCUUGUUGCUGAGCAACUUCGGUUCGUCGAAUCUUUCGGCGCCGACAGCAGACAACGAUACGAACAAGAUCACGGAGGCGAUCGAUCGAAUAGCACGUUUCGUUAAGUGGGUCAAGCGAAAUGUCCUUUAUCUUGCUAAAUUGAUGCGAGCCAAAUUCACCAAUCAGAUAUCCGAUCAGGCGCCAGGUGAGGGACCUAGCAGGCUACUCGGUCACGAAUCACAUCGCGCUGAUGGCAAGUUGGAAAAGAAUGCAAAGGACACGAAUCAACUUGAAAUUACUAUCGGAGACGGAAUGGAAUUUACUAUUCAUGGAGAUCUGAAGAAUAAUGUCAGCAAAAUUAUAGGAAAUUCGAUAAACCAUCAUGACUACAGGCCGGACUACAAUUACAUUAAUCAGAAUGAGGAUGACACGAUCAGUAACAAAUCUUAUGGCAGCCAUAAAAACAGGGUGUUCAAAGACGAAAGUCAUAAAGGUAAUAUGGAUUCUCUGGACGGUGAAGAAAAGAAGGACGCGAGCAAGGAGGACUUGGAACAAGACGAUGAUUUCGAGGACGACGUGGACGAAGAAAAGGGCGAGCUAGGGGACGCCAUUAUCCAAGCAGACGAGGACCCCAUCGAAUCCGAUUAUCCGGCUGAUUGUUGUCCGGAAAAUUGUUACAAGAAAUUCCCGUUUCUGGCCGGCGACGACGACGCACCGUUUUGGCAAGGUUGGGCCAACUUGAGACUGAAGACCUUCCAACUAAUCGAGAACAAGUAUUUUGAGACUGCCGUCAUUUUGAUGAUUCUUACGAGUAGUCUGGCACUCGCCUUGGAAGACGUGCACCUUUCUGCACGACCCAUUCUGCAAGAUAUCUUGUAUUACAUGGACCGAAUAUUCACUGUGAUUUUCUUCCUCGAAAUGUUAAUCAAAUGGUUGGCUCUCGGUUUCAAAAAGUACUUCACGAACGCAUGGUGCUGGCUUGAUUUUAUCAUUGUCAUGGUGUCACUCAUUAACUUCGUAGCGUCGCUCUGUGGCGCUGGCGGGAUCCAAGCCUUCAAAACAAUGAGGACCCUAAGAGCCCUAAGGCCACUCAGGGCGAUGUCUAGAAUGCAGGGAAUGCGGGUAGUCGUCAACGCUUUGGUUCAAGCCAUUCCAUCCAUUUUCAACGUGUUACUGGUGUGUCUUAUUUUCUGGCUGAUCUUCGCCAUCAUGGGCGUGCAACUUUUCGCUGGCAAAUAUUACAAGUGCGUAGACGCAAACAAAACAACGUUGAGCUUCGAGAUAAUUCCCGAUCGAAACGCCUGUAUAGCCGAGAACUACACUUGGGAGAAUUCGCCAAUGAAUUUCGACCACGUAGGAAAAGCGUAUCUAUGCUUGUUUCAAGUGGCGACGUUUAAGGGAUGGAUUCAAAUCAUGAACGAUGCUAUCGAUUCCAGGGAGCUGAACAAGCAACCGAUUCGCGAAACGAACAUCUACAUGUACUUCUAUUUUGUAUUCUUCAUUAUAUUCGGAUCGUUUUUUACCCUUAAUCUAUUCAUUGGAGUGAUCAUUGACAACUUCAACGAGCAGAAGAAGAAGGCGGGAGGUUCCCUAGAAAUGUUCAUGACGGAAGAUCAGAAGAAAUAUUAUAACGCUAUGAAGAAAAUGGGUAGCAAGAAGCCACUGAAGGCUAUUCCUCGUCCAAGAUGGAGACCGCAAGCGAUAGUGUUUGAAAUAGUGACGGACAAAAAGUUCGAUAUGAUAAUCAUGUUGUUUAUCGGACUGAACAUGUUAACGAUGACGUUGGACCAUUAUCAACAGACCCAAACUUUCAGCGACGUUCUAGACUAUCUGAACAUGAUAUUCAUUGUGAUAUUCACCAGCGAGUGUCUCAUGAAGAUCUUCGCUCUGCGUUACCACUAUUUCAAGGAGCCGUGGAACCUCUUUGAUUUUGUUGUUGUUAUAUUGUCAAUAUUAGGUCUGGUUCUCAGUGACAUUAUCGAAAAAUACUUCGUGUCACCGACGUUGCUUCGUGUAGUAAGGGUGGCAAAAGUCGGUCGUGUGCUUCGACUCGUGAAAGGUGCCAAGGGCAUUCGAACUCUUCUCUUCGCCUUGGCGAUGUCGUUACCAGCCCUCUUCAAUAUUUGCCUAUUACUGUUUUUGGUGAUGUUUAUCUUCGCGAUCUUUGGAAUGUCUUUCUUCAUGCACGUCAAAGACAAGAGCGGACUGGACGAUGUGUACAAUUUUAAAACGUUUGGCCAGUCGAUGAUAUUGCUAUUCCAGAUGUCCACGUCCGCGGGUUGGGACGGUGUGCUCGACGGCAUAAUAAACGAGGAGGACUGCCAGGAGCCAAACAACGAGAUAGGAUAUCCGGGUAACUGUGGUUCCUCGACGAUCGGGAUCGCUUAUCUUCUCUCGUACCUGGUGAUCAGCUUUCUGAUCGUCAUAAACAUGUACAUCGCGGUGAUCCUGGAGAACUACUCGCAGGCGACCGAGGACGUGCAGGAGGGUCUCACGGACGACGAUUACGACAUGUACUACGAGAUCUGGCAGCAGUUCGAUCCGGACGGGACGCAGUACAUCAGAUACGAUCAGCUGUCCGACUUCUUGGACGUGUUGGAGCCACCGUUGCAGAUACACAAGCCGAACAAGUACAAGAUCGUAUCGAUGGACAUUCCCAUAUGCAAAGGGGACCUGAUGUUCUGCGUGGACAUACUCGACGCUCUGACGAAGGACUUCUUCGCGCGUAAGGGCAAGCCCAUCGAGGAGACGGGCGACAUCGACGUCCAGGGUCGCGCGGACGUGGUCGGUUACGAGCCAGUUUCUUCCACCCUUUGGCGCCAGCGCGAGGAGUACUGCGCCCGUUUGAUACAGAACGCGUGGCGUAAGCACAAACAGCAGCGUCUCGGCGGCCCGAGCGAGGAAAGCGACGACGCGGACACGGAUCCGCGCGUCAGGCAGACCGCGGUCCUGGUCGAGAGCGACGGCUUCGUGACGAAGAACGGUCACAAGGUCGUGAUACACAGCCGUUCGCCCAGCGUCACUUCGAGAACCGCGGACGUCUGAUCGCCGACGUCGACGUCUCCAGCACCGCCACCGUCGUAGCUAGCGUCGCCGUAGCCACCCGGUGCCCGUCCGUAAGACGAACGCUCCAAUUGCAGCAUCGCCGACGACGAGACCAGGACAAAGCGUCGAUCCUGCACCGAUACGCAGCCGUUGAUACUGCUCUCGGGGAGCAGCGGCCUCACGGACCUCGCGCGCGCGCUCUCCAUCGACAGCCUUAUAGUUGUAUAAAAGAUUUAAAGAAAAAAAAAAACAAAUUAAUAACAAAAUACAUUCCUCCAACGAGUUGCCUUCAAUCGACUCUAAACGCCACGAUCGUUGGGAGACGCGUCGUCAGUCGAACGAGCGAGGACGACUUAAUCGUUUUGGGAGAGCUGUUCAGAAGAGAGAACAUUAAAGAAGACUGCGCAUUGUCCGCGGUAGCAGGAACAGGUGUUAAGGGCGCACGAAGAGGAAUCGAAGGACAAGAACGAGAUAGAAAACCAUAGACGACUCAGCCUUCGAGUCAACUUCCCCAAAUCAAGGCUCGAAGGCUGACGCCGCCCCCGCCUCAGAGGAGUCCCCUGCCUUCGAUGGACUUCGUAAACCGCCCCUUAACGUUAGGAGAAUUUUACGACGACGAUCCGCGCUGGCUGCGUUAGCUGCAUGCAUUUCAAUAACGAUACGAAACACGAUGAAACGAAAUCAUAUUCACGAGACGACGACAAUGAAACGAAGACCUACACGUUUUAACGGUGAGCUAGAGUAAUAUUGCCGCAUUUAUACAAUAUCAGCGAUCAGUUUCAUCCCUAAACACACAAGUAGGCCGGUUUCCCGUAAAUUCUAUCCGCGAUAUUGGAUUUUUUACAUGGUUUUACAGCGGCCCCGCCAACACACGCUGGAUGAAAUAGAGAAAAAAAAAAAAUAUGUAUGUUGCACGCGGUCGAAGUUCGCGGGUGACGUUUGGUUAUUUUGAUCGGUGGCAUGUAUAUCGCAGUUCAGAACUAAACUGGAAGAUAAAUGAUUUUGACGAGAAAACGACGGAACAACGGAGAAAAACGAAGACAUUGACGAGGACACGCUUGAUCAUAACCGACGAUGAUAGUGAGGAUGAUCAUAGGAUGAUUUAGACGACGAUUAUAGACGAUUAUCACGAGAGGACGGUGAACAAGAAUGUUACAAAGAGACUCACUCGUGAAAUGUACGCGUAGAUUACUACAAUUCGCUCGGCUUGAAAAAAAAUUAUCUGCGUAAAAACACGGGGCGCGAACGUCUGGUCGCGCGCGGCUUUGUUUUAUCCGGCUCCCUCCCUCUCUGUUCCUGACUCUAAAGUCGAGCCUCGAGCGCGCAUUCAUCGACGACCCUAUAUAUUAUAUAAUCGUCGUUUCACGUAUUCACGUUCUCACGUUUUUCAGCGAUCCGGCAAUUUUUUACAAUCAUAUCGUCCGCGAACUGUUCGAAGAAUCUCAAUGUUUAACCUCAGAGAGGAGAAAGAGCGUUAGAUAGCCCAAGUUGUCCAAUCAGCGAGAGAUUCCAUCGUCCUUCCGAUCGGCCGGAAAUUCUUCUUCACGUUAGAAUUUUUCAGAAAUGGGAUUCGCCCUCGUGCCUUUACGUUUAGUUUCUUUCGAGAUUUCUGUUCCCGUGCCUGGUCAGACUGGCCCGAGCCGUAGACGGUAGCCAUUUUUCUAAUAUUAAACUCCGGAGGAAGGAAUCCGUCGAUGGCCUGGAUAGCUCAAAAUUAAUAGUCCAAUAAACGAAUGAUUCCGGGUUCGAAUCCUGGUUCGGUGUACACUGACCGAUCGAUUCCUUCUUCCCUUACGAUCUUCAAAACUGGGACUCGCCCUCGUGCCUUUGCGUUAUAGCUUUCGUGUUGUUUGGAACUUUCAGUAUCGAAUGAUAGCAAUUUUUUCAACUUAGACUCGAGGAGAAAUAUCUCCCUAAAUUCUUUUAUAUUUUCGCUUCGUUUUAUCUUUCUUUUCCGUUUAUUCAUCCGUCUAUCUACUCGUUUUAGCUGAUAGAUAUCCCCUUGUUUGGGAGUUUCGUCUAAAGAACGAAACCAUCGUAGACGUUGUGCCGUGAACACGCAACACGGUUCUUGCCAAAAGGGACGGAGAGGGGAGUAGCGACUACGAAUCUUGCAAUCAUCAUCAGCUAGAUAAUUACACAUUUGCAAAACUUACACAGACACAGUCUUACACGACGUAGUAAUGCGCUUUGGCAUAAAUGAAUAUACACAAUAGUGUAACGUUAUUUCGAGUAAUUGUAAUCGACAAACCGUACGCCUGUAAACCCGUCUCGCAGUUAAGUGCGUAGUGUGUCGCCUAAUGUGAAGUGAAUUUAUACGCUGAACGUUUCAUUCGACGAGAGAAUUUCGAUCGACGAUCGAUUCUAGGAGAUCGACACAACUAUCUCUACCGUGUCUCCAUCGUAUUGGCAUUUCUAAGAGAAAUUUCGCUCUCGACGAGUACUGUGAAACAUCUGAUCACGAUAAAACGAAGUUAAUUUUACCAAAACGAAAAAAAAACAAAAAAAAAAGAGUAAGUGGAAUAAAUGAGAAACAUUGCCGAUAAA